UCUACUACUCUACUCUACUACUCUACUACUCUACUACUCUACUAGCCAGCAAACAUCCACGCUUCUACUUCACAUAUUCGUCUCGACCCUACCCGACACCUUCCUUACCUCCUACCUCCUACUCUACUCCUACCUCUACCUCCUACCUCCUACUCUACCUCCUACCUCUACCUUCUCCUACUACUAAACUACCCUUACUACUACCUCUACUACCCUACUACCUUCGUCUACGCUACGUCCAUCACUCGCUCCUCCUCCCUCCUCCUCCCUCCUCAACCCACUCUUCAACAACCUCAUCACCCAUCACCCACCACCCAUCACCCAUCACCCAUCACCCCCAAAGGAAACAUCUCCCCACCGUCGCGCUUUUGCUUCCCAUGCAAGGGCAGCUUCCCCUAAAGCCAUGACCAAAGAGGAGCUCAACUCUGACAGGAUCAACUAUCUCGUCUGGAGGUAUCUGCAAGAGUCAAACUAUCGCGAGACUGCUGUCAAGUUACAGUCGGAGUGGGACGUGAGCGAUCCGCAGUCUCUUGACUUUGCGCCCCAUGUCAACAACCAUGCGCUAGUGGCUGUUUUGCAGCGCGGCCUUCUGUAUCAUGAAGCAGAGCGCCUAUCCGCCCAGUCGCGUCGUGGCGCCGUCGCUGGUGCGCCUGCGACGGGAUUCUUUGGCCCUGUCGCCCCGUUGUCACCGCCACUGGCGUCCAGUGACGAGAUCGCAAACGCGCGCAAGCGCUCUACGGAGGAGAGGUCUCAGCAGGCACGGCAAGAAUCACCAGCAAAGCGUAUUAGGCUCAGCAAUGGCUACGGAAAUGGCAUUGACUCUACUACUACGCCUAUGGAUCUCGACGAAGCGGCGCCGGCCGCGAUCACCAAUGGUCACGCGUAUCCCUCACCUCGAGAAGUCGAGGUAGAGCGGGUCCCGACGCCGGCGCGAGUCACCAGCGGGCCCGAGAAGGGCACGCAGAUAGAAAAGGUCGCCGAACUCAGCGCCGAAACGACGUAUCUCACGCUGGCGCAGACGUCGACGACAAACCACCCGAUUCUCCUGCACUGCGAGUGGAACCCACGAGAUCCCAAACGUCUGGCCACAGCGGGUAUGGAUACGCUAGCUCGCUUAUGGACGGUCCCCUCGCGUACGCCUUCCCCACAAAUUGACGGUCACGUGCCACCACCCGCUUUUCGGGACCUGGUCGACGAGGAUGAGCAUCGGGCGGCGAUCAGUUCGAUUUCUUGGACGUCGGAUGGCGAGGCAUUGGCGGUUGCUAGCGACUGUGAUGGGACUGGUAAGAUCAACAUCUGGAGUAAAGAUGGUUCGCGGAUUGUGCAGUUUAACUCCCUUGGUUACCCUCCAGUCAUCUGUCUCCGAUGGGGCGCGUCAGACCGGACUCUGCUGGCAUUGACUUCCACCGAUGGUAAGGGGGCGAGCAGCUGGGCAACUGUCUUUACUACGCCAAACCAGGAAUCAGCGACUUUCGAUCUAGGGCCUAACUUCCAGCCAUUGGAUGCUGUGUGGACUGGCCCGUCUGGUUUCGUUGUGUGCAAUGGAGAGUCUCUCGCGAGCUUCAAUCUUUCCGAAGGAGACAUAAUAACCCGCACCAAAACCUACGACAUUCGGAAGGAAGCAGGGCCGACAAGUCUCGCAUAUGACCCAUACUGCAAUCUUCUCGCAGCUGCCAACGACGAUGGUGUUAUUGAUAUAUUUGAUUCCUCGGCUACUCGCGUCGGCAUGGCUACGCACAAAGGUGCCAUAACGUCAAUGAAGUGGCAGCCAAUCCCCAGCUCGUCCGACGACCAAACCGAGCGCCUCCUCGCCAGCUCCAGCGAAGACGGCUCCAUCAACAUCUGGAACUCCCGCUCAGACUUCAAGAAGCCAGUGGAGACGAUGACGAUGGACGCCGCCGUCCUCGCGCUGGCAUUCACACCCGACGGCGCUUUCCUGGCGGCUACGACGAAUUCUCAUAUCCUGAUCUGGAAUAUGGCGGAUCCUAGUUUCCCCAGGGCACGCUGGGUUAGAGGCCAAGAGCCGGGCUGGCAGAGCCCGAAGAUGAAUGGGGCGGCGUUGGAGGAGUACCAUCAUUGCUUGUGCUGGGACUCGGAUGGGAAGAGAUUGGCGUAUGGGGUUAAUAGCAUGCUUGCUGUGAUCAAAUUCAUUCCUGGAGUUACGGAUGUGGCUGUUAAUUGACCUUCGGGGGAGGUUACAGUCACUUAAUAUAUCCGGAAACGCCUAGUUUUCUGGAGUUGGACUCCUUUCCGGCUCAGCAUCUCUAUUUCACAACGAGGGCGAGGGCGGGGGGCAUCGGGAUUGGGUCAUUAACGGAUGCAAUACAUAACGGAGUACGGAGGGGAUGAAAUACACAGAUUCGAAAACAGGAAAAGGGGG